AACACAAGCUGAAGGGAGGGCAAAGACUGUAGCGACUGAACGACGCAAGUGAGCAGUCAAGACAGUGUUGAGUUACAGGAGCUCGCUCUGUUUGGAGGAGAGCGAGGUGGCUUUAGGCUUACUUCUGCUGCCGCUGGCCUCAGGAGAGGCAGCGCCUGGCAGCCCAGGAGGGACAGAAGCCAUAGCAUGGGACACAGUGCUAGCAGCGAAACUGUGGCCCAGCAACAAGCCCAACACAACACGGAUGAUGAGGUUGACCUACAACAGAGCACAAAAGGAGGUGAGGAAGGCAGCUCUGGUGGAGGAACGCCUCCAGCUAAACGCAAAGGCAAGUUCCCCAAAAUGGGAAAUAUCUUCAAGCCCUGGAAAUGGAGGAAGAAGAAGCCAAGUGACAAGUUCACAGAAACAUCCAUAGUUUUGGAGAGGAAGAUUUCAGUUAGGAAAAGCCGCCAAGAGUUAAUUGCAAAAGGCGUUCUAAAGGACGAGCCAGAGAACGAGAGUAAUGAAGUGAACCACUCCAAAGCUCCACCAGUUAAAAAUGGUCACCCUGUGCCAAUGGAUGUGGACAGGUUCUCAGAGGCGGGGGUGCGAGUGUCUCGAGGGGAGUCGGACAUUAAGGUGAAUUCCAGGCUACCCCAACUAGAUGAACGUCGUAACCGAGUUCCGUCUGACGCUUCUCGAAGUAACCGGGCACCGCUGGAUGUGGACACUCAUGCACGGCUCGCUGUUGAUGUAGACAAACGAAGCCGUCUGCCAUCAGAUAUUGAUAAGAAAGGAGGAACUCUACCUCGAGGGUCUCAACAAGAUGAUAGAUACCGUAGAGAUGAGAGAAGAGACAUCAGAGAUGAAAAGAAGGACAGGGAAGAAAGAGAUAGGCGAGAGGAAAGAGAAAGGGAUGGUGGAGUUGACCGGAGAGAAGAUAGAGACUACAGAGAAAGGCGAGAAUGGAGGGAUGAAAGGACAGAUAGAGACAGAGAACGGCGGGACCGGGACGAACGUGAGAGGCGGGACCGGGACGAACGUGAGAGGCGGGACCGGGAUGAGCGUGAGAGGCGGGAUCGCGACGAGCGUGAGAGGCGGGACCGCGACGAGGACAAGAGGCGGGAUCGGGAGGACCUUGAAAGGAGGGAUCGGGAUGAGAGGGAGCGUCGAGUCCGCGAAGAGAAGGACAGGAAAGACAGAGAUGAAAGAGAACGACGAGAGCGGGAAGAGAGGGACAAGAGGGACAAGAGGGAUAGGGACGACAGGGAAAGGAGAGACAGGGAUGAAAGAGAACGCCGCGAGCGGGAGGACAGAGAAAAUAGGAAGCGUGACGAAAGAGAAAAAAGGGAUGACAGAGACAGGAGAGAAGAGAGGGAUCGGCGUCCCGAGAGAGACUGGCGAGAGAACAAAGAUGACAGGGACAGAGAAAACCACGAGAGGAAAGAUGCUCGAGUAGAGAGGGAGGACAAACGGGAUAACUUGGCCAAAAGAAAUGAGAGAGAGAGGCCAGGACCCCAGCGGUCUGUGGACAACUUUCAGCCUACCAUCAGGCCUGCCUCUGAGAUUGACUUGAGGCCUCCUCUCCAGAAGAGCUCCUCAGAGGAAAGCAAGAAAGUUCGCCCUGCGUCAGAGUCUGACCGAAGGAGCACCCUGCCCAGAUACGCAGCCCCUGCAGAGUUCAGAGAACGAUCAGAGUCCGCUGGUGUCCGCUUCACCCCUGACACUCCUCCAACACAGGACUCACAGCAGUUGCCUCUCCCACCCAAACAAGCUUUGCUCCCCCCCAAGUUCCUUGCUAGUCCUAUCUAUGAGUCCACCAAGAGUCCGACCCCCUCCUCGUCUUCAUCCUCUUCGUCUUCCUCUUCCUCCUCCUCUGCUGCUGUAUCUAUAGCCAAACCCCCAAGGACGGUGUCCCUAAUUAUAGAUGACACUUCCCGACCUUCCCUCAUUGCUGCUUCCUCAACUGACUCUGACACACCGCCCCCCAUUCCUCCCCAUGCCAAACAACCUCCUGUCCCCCCACCCAAACCCACCAACCGCAACAGCAACCCUGCACUGCUUGCUUCCACGUUGAACAGGGGCUCUAAGGUCAGACAGCCUUGUUACUGGACCGGCUGGAGACGCCAGAGUGAGCUCGGCCUCUACUUUUCUCUACCCUUGUACCUGCGUCACAGUCCUGGCCAGUGCUGCUCAGCAGAGCUUUCACAGGCUGGCUCUGGUGUAGGUGUUGUCCCGGUACCAACCAAACGCUCUCCGCCAACCCCACCAAAGAGGACAACCCCUGUCAUCAAGCACCUUUCUGUGGAUCCUUCUCCUCCCAGUCAGACCCCAGAGUCUGCCACCCGUGAGCCCUCCCCUGCCCCAGUUCUGGUGCCCCCUGCUGUCCUGAAAGGAAAUAACACACAGGAGAAGACAAAUGGAGCAGUUCCUGAGACCUCCACUGAGCCUCAGCUUUUACCGCCCUCCCACAUACCUCCAUCUCCCCCCAGGGUUCAGUCGCUCCAGCCACCCAGCAUCCCCUCCACAGGUCCCAUCCCCACGACGCAAAUUAACCCGCCGAGCCCAACCACCGAGCCACCCAGCCAGCCUCCACUCCUCCCUCUACAUGUUCGCAUCUCUAGGGCUCUGGCCAGUCCCGGUGCACCUCAGCCAAACCCAGACGGUUCCCAUAGAGCCCACUCACAGCUGUUUGAGACGCCACCAGCGAUCCCCACAGAAGUGGGGGGUAACUCACGGCACUCUCUCCCCGUCACCAUCGAACCACUUAGGCUGCCAGAAGACGAUGACUUUGACAUUGAAGAGGAGAUGCGCAAACUUACCCCUAAGCCGUCCAACCAGCUGGAGCCCCGCAGCAGGAGAGGCUUGAUUGGAGACCCCAGAGUGUCCGUCAUCCCUGAGGGUGGAGGCCCUGGAGACAGCGAGGAGGAGUCGGACUCAGAUGGCCCCAUCCUGUACAGAGAAGACGAAGAAAGUGAUGAAGACGAGGAAGGCCCUCCAAGUGGGCUGGCAAGUCGAGUGAAGAGGAAGGACACGCUGGCACUGAAACUGGAGCGACAAGAGCGAGAGAAGGAGAAUCAGGAUAACAAUGAUGGCAUGAGCUGGAACAAUAAGGAGCAGUGGGAGGAACUGAGGAACAAGAUCGGGACCACACUGACACGGCGGCUGAGUCAGAGACCCACAGCAAAAGAGCUGGAGCAGAGGAACAUCCUUCCAGCCAAGAACGAAGUGGACCGACGUCUGGAGAGAAGCGAGAUCAAGCGGAGGCUCACCAGAAAGCUGUCUCAGAGACCCACAGUGGCCGAGCUUCAAGCCAGGAAGAUCCUGCGUUUCCAUGAGGACGUCGAAAGCACCCACGCUGAGGACUACGAUCGCAGAGCAGACAAGCCGUGGACGAAGCUAACACCUGCUGAUAAGGCUGCUAUCCGCAAGGAGCUCAACGAAUUCAAGAGUUCAGAGAUGGAGGUCCACGAAGAAAGCAGGAUCUAUACCCGGUUUCAUCGGCCUUAGUUCUCCGUGCCGACCAGUAUAGCACUUAAACUGGGGGAACGAGGCGGUACAAACCCCCACCUCCCCCUUCUCACUGCGAACUGAAUAUGUGGUCCCCUUUGGUCCAUUUUAUGUAUGUAUAUCUUUUUUAAAAACCAUGCCUGCUUACCUGCUGAAGACGGCGUCACUAAAUGGAACAAGGACUUAAGGAGCCACAUCUGUUCACCCACAGUGAGGUCUAAGGCAGAUCUGACACUGUGGAAUUCAGGAAAGGAGGAGUUUGUCGGUGCAUCCAUGUUGGAGACGCACGGUGCCAACACUAAAAAGGGCGAGCGCCACGUGCGAACAUCCCCGUUGUAUUGGGGACUCAGAGACUGACCUUGAAGGGGGUAAAUCUCUUCCCGAUGCCUUGCCUUCAUGAAUAUAUUCUCCCUUUCUUCCAGAACAGAAAGACUGUGCACACAAACCAGUUCAUAUUAGCACUGUUGAUGGUACCACUAAACUGACCAGUUUAAAAACUGUUUAUUUGAGUGUACCCAAAGGUGCCACACAGCACCUGCCUUACUACUGAAAUCAUCAAACACCUAAAAUAAUGAAAGGCUCAGACAAAAUGUGAAAGACUUCUUUACAACUGAGUCGUCACUUUGUUUGAAUCAACAACAUACUGAUACUUACUGACAGUGACACAUAAUAUCCUAACGUGUGCAUUUUACUGUACUUUGCUGAUCAUGUAGUUGAUUCUCAUGGGACAUAUCCCUAGAUCAUUUUUUAAUAAGGCACCUUAUGUUCCUUAAUCAGGUAUAUAGAAAACCAUAAAGUUUUUGAACCUCUAAUUAAACUAUGUUUAUAACUGAAUUAUUCACAGCAUGAAAAUGUACAUAUUUUUAUUUUCCUGGCUGUUUUAUGGUACUUUGUAUAUGCCAUAGGUGGCUGCUAUUGUAUAGAUCAAUUGUGUAGAUUUGAUUUACUUUGUAUUGUAAACUACUGACAUGUUUUAAUUCUAAAGUAUUUCUCAGAUAUUAUCUCCUAGUAGUAAUGGUACUUUUUUUUUUUUUUUUUUUUUUGAUACAGAGACCAUUAAACUGUUUUCCAACGACACUGAAUAACUGUACAAUCCGCUCAGAAAAUAAAAUGUGAUUUGUCAUGCA